CGAGCGCGCGCGGGGGGCGGGGAGGCGGGCGCGGGCGGGGAGCCGGGCGGCCUGCGCUCGGGUCCGCCUCUGACUGCGGCGCGGCGGGGCGAUGUGUGAUUACCAUGGCGAGGAGUCUCUGUCCGGGGGCCUGGCUCAGGAAGCCCUACUACCUGCAGGCUCGCUUCUCUUAUGUGCGGAUGAAAUACCUCUUCUUUUCCUGGUUGGUGGUUUUUGUUGGAAGCUGGAUUAUAUAUGUGCAAUAUUCUACCUAUACAGAACUAUGCAGAGGAAAGGACUGUAAGAAAAUAAUAUGUGACAAGUACAAGACUGGAGUUAUUGAUGGUCCUGCAUGUAAUAGCCUUUGUGUUACAGAAACUCUUUACUUUGGAAAAUGUCUGUCCACCAAACCCAACAAUCAGAUGUAUUUAGGGAUUUGGGAUAAUCUGCCAGGUGUUGUGAAAUGUCAGAUGGAACAAGCACUUCAUCUUGAUUUUGGAACAGAAUUGGAACCACGGAAGGAAAUAGUUUUAUUUGAUAAGCCAACAAGGGGAACAACUGUUCAAAAAUUCAAAGAAAUGGUCUACAGUCUCUUUAAAGCAAAAUUGGGGGACCAAGGAAACCUCUCUGAAUUGGUUAAUCUCAUCUUGACUGUAGCUGAUGGGGACAAAGAUGGACAGGUUUCCCUGGGAGAGGCCAAGUCUGCAUGGGCACUUCUUCAGUUGAAUGAGUUUCUCCUCAUGGUGAUACUUCAAGACAAAGAACAUACCCCCAAAUUGAUGGGAUUUUGUGGUGACCUCUAUGUCAUGGAAAGUGUUGAACAUACCUCUCUUUACGGAAUUAGCCUUCCGUGGGUCAUUGAACUUUUUAUUCCCUCUGGGUUCAGAAGAAGCAUGGAUCAGUUAUUCACACCAUCAUGGCCUAGGAAGGCUAAAAUAGCCAUAGGACUUCUAGAAUUUGUGGAAGAUGUUUUCCACGGCCCUUAUGGAAACUUCCUCAUGUGUGAUACGAGUGCCAAAAAUCUAGGAUAUAAUGAUAAGUAUGAUCUGAAAAUGGUGGACAUGAGAAAAAUUGUGCCAGAGACAAACCUUAAAGAACUUAUAAAGGAUCGUCACUGUGAGUCUGACUUGGACUGUGUCUAUGGCACAGAUUGUCGAACUAGCUGUGAUCAGAGUACAAUGAAGUGUACUUCAGAAGUGAUACAACCAAACUUGGCAAAAGCCUGUCAGUUACUCAAAGACUAUUUACUGCGUGGUGCUCCUAGUGAAAUCCGUGAAGAAUUAGAAAAGCAGCUUUAUUCUUGUAUUGCUCUCAAGGUCACAGCAAAUCAAAUGGAAAUGGAACAUUCUUUGAUACUAAAUAACCUGAAAACAUUGCUAUGGAAGAAAAUUUCCUACACAAAUGACUCUUGAUUUGGACAUUGUGGCCAUUGUAGGAACCAACUACUUCUGAAGUUUUGAGCGUUAAGAAGGCUUCUAAUUAAAAUCCCUGCCAAAACUCCACUUCCCUGGAUCCAAGAAGCCAUCAUCUUCAAAUACAUGUUGAUUGCUCGGAAACAGCAGGUGGUAUAGGUUUAACAGGCUCCAAGGUGUCCUUCCUUCCCCUUUAGAAUCCCGGUACAUUUCCCAACACAUUUCACUGUGUAACUACUUUGACUUAAAAUGCUGUGAAGUCUCAUUGCAUAAACAUUGAACGUGAGUAUUUUGUAAUUAUGUCAGCCAAAAUACCAGUGCUGGAAAUUGUUUGCAUCAAAGCUGCUGUUAAAGAAAAAUUUAUACAUAAAUUUACUAAUGUCUUAGCAUGGUAAAGUUUGCACAUUAACAAAAAUCUAAGCCUGCAAAGCAGGUAAAUUAAAAUUACCCCUUUAUAAACAAA